UAUAUUUUUCAUUGAUAUUUUAUAAAACUAAUGAAUAAAAAGUAAACCAAACAGUCUUUACAGCAAAAUGCAAACUAAAUAUAAUAACCCAAGGUUAUUUAAAUACAUUGGUUUAUCACUUGUAGGAAUAAGUUCAGGCUGGCUUUAUUACCAAGUGAAACAAACCUAUAAUAUACUAGAGAACACAGUAGACAGCAAAGUAAUGCUCAUGAAAAAUAUUCUCGAGGAUGAACCGAAAGAGGAAGAAUUUAUCAGAAUUCAUCAAAAUAGUUCUUUAAAAAACGACGUCUUCACGAAUUUAACGAAUUCAUUGAAAUUCGCCUACACUCGAAGGUUGGUUAGAUUGGCCAACACCGGCGACAAAAAUGACAGAACCAAAGCGGUGAAAGCCUUGGCCAAAAUGAAGAACUUGAGCAACUGGCACUGUUCUCUUCUCUCCAACAUGAUGAACUCUCAAACGGCGGUGGCUUUGGCCAGAUCCGAUAAUGUGGAUCAGAGAUUGUUCAUGGAGCCGCCACUCAGAUACCACAAUUACAAUAGGAAAAUGUUGAUUAGCGCUAUGAGAGAGUUUCUGAUAAAGCUCUACGAAUAUUCCCAUCAUCCGUGCAUGGGGUAUUUUUUGUCUGAAGCAUUCGUAUAUGAACAUUUACGAUAUGUAGAACCCAUCGAAGAACAGAACAACACUCAUAUAGUUGAUCACGAUUCAUCGUCAUUGGAACUGAGCAAAUUCAUACAAUCAGAACGAGACAUUUUACCAAAGUGUUUGGAAUCAAUACUACACCACUGCAGCAUCGAAAACUACUCCAGAGAUGUGGUGAAAUUUAAUGGAUUACCUUUGUUGAUGGAAAUUUACCAAAGAUACAUAGACAACCCGAGCAUAGCUAUUAUACUGUGUCAAAUAAUCUCCUACAUUUCUCUCAAUAAUGAUUUAUUGGAGUACAUUCACAAGUCCGGUUGGAUAGGUAUAUUGUCAGAAUGGGUGAAUAAUAAAGAAAUUAGAAUAUCGGUGCCAGCAGCUCGUGCUCUGGCCAAUUUAGAUGUAGACAACGAUUGUAAAUACUCUCGAAGAUUGUAUCCAUUGCAUCCUCUUCGAAGAGCUAGUGGAAAACAGGAUAUAGAUGUUGUUUUUGUCCACGGUUUGCUGGGCGGUGUAUUUUACACGUGGCGACAGAGAGUUAAACCUCAGAUGAAUUUGGACUUGGCGUCCGGCGAAAUUUCUUCGUUUGAUCUCAAAAAUGUAGAGAAAGAUUUCGACAUAAUUUGGGACGAUCUUCCUGUUCACGGAAAUCAAACUUGCGAAGGUCCUUAUUGCUCUUCGGAUGCGAAUUAUAAGUUAAAAAAUAGUGCAAGUACUGAGGAUUUUACGCAAUGCUGGCCCAAAGACUGGUUAAGUGAAGAUGUUAAAAACAUAAGAAUUCUAGGUAUUAAUUACGCGACUAGGGUAUCUAUGUGGGCUCCAAUAUGUCCAUCUGUAAAAAUGAAACUUACUUUAGAAGAACGAAGUUCUGAUCUACUUUUGCGCCUCAUAGAGGCCGGCUUAGGAACUAAACCUAUCGUGUGGGUUACGCAUUCCAUGGGAGGACUAAUAGUUAAAAAACUUUUAUGCAAAGCGUUUGAUAGCGACGUGCCAGAAAUCAGAAACGUCUGCUUGAAUACCAAAGGAAUAUUUUUCUACAGUACGCCGCACAAAGGCUGCAGAUUAGCAAGCCUAAGCCAAGCCAGCGCCUUGUUGCUGUGGCCUUCGGUCGAGGUGCAGGAAUUAAGAGAGAACUCUCUUCAACUAGCGAAUAUGCACGAAAAAUUCCUAAACAUCGUCAAUACCGUACCGAUGAAGAUAGUGACCUUUGCCGAGACGAAAUCUACCAUUGUUACCGCUAUGAAGCUUAAUUUCUUUUUAGUAGAACGACCUUCCGGCGAUCCUGGUGUUGGAGAGUAUUUCGAAAUACCGCAGGACCAUCUUAGUAUUUGUAAACCAGUGACGAGGUAUUCCUUUCUGUAUCAAAAAGUAGUGCACAUUAUCAAAGAAAUUUUGAAAGAAGCCUCACGGUAGUAGAUCUAUCGUUUGUUUAUUAAUUUGCUAUAUCUAUAUUAAUUUAAAUAUCUAUUUAAAACAUAUUUU